UAGGACAGGUUAUGUCUCAGAACCUUACAAGUUUAUUAGUAAACAAGACGCGUUCUAAGGAGAUCUUUGCGAUGGCACCAGAUCGCUUAGAUCUAGUGGUGUUCGGAGCGAGCGGGUACACGGGCAAACACGUGGUGAAAGAGCUGACUCGCAUCGCUCCGAAGUAUCCCGGACUGACCUGGGCAGUCGCGGGCAGGAACAAGGAGAGAUUGGAGACGCUGCUCCAGAAUGUGACGAACAAAACUGGUGUAAACCUGUCGUCAACGCGGAUCAUAGUAGCAGCGGUGGAGGACGAGUCGUCGCUGCGGCAGAUGUGCAGCCAGGCGCGGCUGCUGCUCAACUGCUGCGGGCCGUUCAUGAAGUUCGGCGAGCCGGUCGUCGCGAUGGCCAUCGAGUGCGGGGCGCAUUAUGUUGACGUCAGUGGAGAGAAACUGUUUGUGGAUGUGUGCGAGAGGAAGUACGACCAGCCGGCAAGAGACGCGAGGGUGUACGUAGUUCCCACGUGUGGGCUGAGCAGUGUGCCGGCUGACUUGGGCGUUAUAUACUUGCAACAGAACUUUGGCGGUACAUUGAACUCAGUGGAGUCGUAUUUAGUGAUGCACUUCCCACCGAAGCUGCUGGCUGAGAGGACGAAAGGUGUAGUUCGGUACAGCAGUUGGGAGUCCAUGAUAAAUAGCAUGGCUGCCAUGUCCCUAAGAAGUCUUCAACAAGAACCGCUGUUACCUCAAUUCAAACCAGAGUUAAAACAAAGAAGCCUCAUCCACAAAAAUCUGAAUAGAUGGUGUCUUCCGUUCCCAACGACUGACACAGAGGUGGUCAAUAAAACCCAAAGAUAUUUAUUAUCCUCGGAAAAACAAAGACCAGCACAAUAUAAAGCUUAUAUAAGUUUUCCCUCUAUUUUUACCGCCAUAGGAAUAAUAUUUGCUGGCGCCUUAUUAUUUCUGCUUAGUAAAGUAUCGUUUUUGAGGAAAUUGCUGUUGGAUUAUCCAAGGCUCUGUUCGUUUGGUAUAGUAACGCAUGACCAUCCUGAGGAGGGGGUGAUGGAUGAUAUGCUGUUCCAGUAUGAGAUGUUUGGUGAAGGUUGGGAGGAAGGCAGCGAUGUUAACAACACUCUACCGAAUAAGAAGGUCGUGGGAAGAGUCAGCGUAUCGGGGUCGGAUCCAGCCUACGUGGGCACAGCUGUGGUAGUCAUAUUUUCAGCCAUCGCAAUCCUUCAGGACUCUGAUAAAAUGCCAAAUAGAGGCGGUGCUAUGACGCCCGGGAUAGCCUUCAGAAAUACGAGUCUAGUUAAAAAUCUGCAAGAAAAUAAUGUUAAUUUUGAAAUUGUUACAAAACCAUAAAAGUCUUUUGCACAAU